AUGAGAAAUCACCUAUUUGUAUUCCUGCUCGCUCUAAUAUUUUCCACUUCUCUCACCCAGGCAGAGAAGCUGAAGUCCAACGAUAGGCGAGCGUCCGGCUUGAUGGCCUAUCCCAGGAUUGGUCGAUCCGACGUGCCGAUUUCCAACGUAAAUUUCAACCGCCAUCACGUGAUGGAACCAGACACCGAUUUCCAAUUUUACAAUGCCGAGUCGGACUCCGUCCCCGACAAAGAUUACGAAGACCCUCGCAAUCCAACCCUAGGAUACCUUGGAAGAUCGAUGAACCCUAAGCAUGCAGACAAAUUUCCGAAGGAAGCAUCGUGGCUGAUCCCAGAUCGGCUCCGUUCGUCCAAAGACUAUCGACCUUGGCAAAAGUUGGACGACGAAAAAUCUGCCUAUCCCGGUUCUUUGAUACUGACUCGAGGUUCUCGGAACAGUCAGCUGAAUGGUUACACACCGAGGCUUGGUCGCGAGAACGAAGCCGAUCGAGCCAUCUGCAAAUGA